AUGCUCUUUGGAAAUACUAUAUUAAGUUCAUCUAUUUUAGGAUUGUUGACAACAGCUUGGGCAGCUUCAGAUGUGCCAUCUGCGACUACUAAUUAUUAUAGUGGGAACAUUUAUGGAUAUGAAAAAGAGGAAACCCAAUCGGCCUCUCAGUCGGCUUCUGCUACAUCGUUAGCCUCUUGCAAUCCUUUGGAGACUACUUCGUGUUCACCCGAUCCAGCCUUGGCUUCCACUAUUGAAGAUAAUUUUAAGAGUUCUAGUUCUCACUAUACACCAUAUAGAUUUCCUAGUCGUAUUACAUACGGUGAUGAUGGUGUUAAUUUCACAUUAGCUGAACGUCUUGAUAAUCCGUCAUUGGUUUCCAAUGAUUAUAUAAUGUUUGGUCGUUUAGAGGUUCAAAUGAAAUCAGCCAAAGGAAAGGGAGUUAUAUCCUCCUUCUAUCUUCAGAGUGAUGACCUUGAUGAAAUUGACUUGGAGUGGUUUGGUGGGGACGGAUCUCAGGUUCAAUCCAACUUUUUUUCUAAAGGUAACACCACUACGUACGACCGUGGAGAGUAUCACAGCAUAUCUGAUCCUAGGGCUGAUUUCCAUAAUUACACGAUCGAUUGGACUUCAUCAGAAUUAAAAUGGUAUUUUGAUGGUGAAUUGUUGAGGACAUUAAAGAAUGAUUCUUCAUCUGGUUAUCCACAGUCUCCUAUGAGAAUUUACUUUGGCAUUUGGGCAGGAGGAGACUAUGACAAUGGCGAGGGAGUUAUUGAAUGGGCAGGAGGACUUACUGACUAUUCCGAAGCACCAUUUGUGAUGCAAGUUCAGAAUUUGGUUGUCAGUGACUACUCAACUGGAUCCGAAUACAAAUAUUCGGGUGAUAGUGGUGACUGGACUUCAAUUGAAGCAGUUGAUGGUAAGGUUAUGGGAAGAGAAUCUAAAGCUAUAAACGAGUUUAAUGAAAUGGUUUCAGGUGAUUCCGCAUCAAGUAUUAACAGUAGUUCGGAUUCUUCUGAGACUCAGAAGUCAACUACAUCAGUGAUUUCUACAAAUAGUGUACAGCAUUCAUCGGCCUCAAGAACAUCUUCUAUCGCUGCUGAGGAUGCCACGUCCAGUGCUGACUCCUCAACAAUUACAGAAAGUGUGUCCAGCAGUACUGAAAUAACCGAUAACAGCACAACAUUAAGUACAAUUUAUUCUGAACAUUCAUCGGAAAAUGAAUCUGGAUCCACUACUGUUGCUUCCUCGAAAGCUAGUGCUGAUCAAGGUGAAAUUGUCCGCCCAUUAUAUUCUUGCGUCGCUGCAAUUACCGCCCUCAUCUUUGCUAUGAUUUAA